CCUAGCCCUCGCUUCACUUAUCUGAGGUGGGUUUUUUUAAGAGAAGCAUGGGGAGUUGCUAGAGGGAAAAUGGAGUCUUUAUUUCACGUCCUGGUUUCUACCUGUCUUGCCUUGACAUUCUCAGAAGGGUUUCUGAUUAUCCAUGUCCAGAAACAGCAAUGUCUUUCGGAAAAGCAAGGAGUCAUUAUGGAAAAGUGCAAUAUGACCAACCUGAACCAGAAGUGGCAGUGGAUGGCAGAUGACAGGCUCCUCCAUGUGAAGUCUGCCCAGUGUCUCAGCAUCUCUACGCUCUCUGCUCUGUCGUCUCGCAGCAUCAUCGUCGACUGUUCCCAGGCAGUCAGGUGGAAUUGCCAUGAGGAUGGGCUCCUGAAGGUGGCCAACAGCUCUCUUUUCCUCACAAAACAAGGUCAGAAGGUAAUGGCCAAGCGGAGUAAAAAAUACCUUCAUACAUGGAUGCAGCUAAAAGCCAGAGAGACGGGAAAACCUGUUUAUGUAAAUCUGUGCUCAAAGCAAGAUCUCCAAGAUGCAGACACUUCUGUGUGGAGCACUAGAACUACAUCCCCCUCUUCAAAUGAUACUACUUCUAGGCCUGAAAACGUGUUGAAGAGUAGCACAGAGAUGUUCAUCAGAAAUGUGACAGAAUAUUACAGUAGAAGUCCCAUUGAAAACCUCUACUUUGACUUGAAAUCUGCAGUAACAGAGAAAGCCUGGAUUCCAACAACCAGUCUUCAAUACUCUAGCACUGCAGAAGAGGCCGCGCCGGGGCAGGCGGCGGGAUGCAGCGCCAACCUGACGGAGCGGAGCGUCACCGGGCAGAGCGUCCGGCUGCGCUGGGGCGCCGCGGGCCGCGCCUGCAACUUCAGCCUGAGCGGGCGCUCCGAGGACGGGGAGGCGGCCGGCUGCCAGCCCGUCCCCGCGGGAAACGGCACCUACGGCUGCACCCUGCGGGGCCUGGAGGCCGGGACCUGGUACCACCUGCGCAUCGAGCCGCUCGCCGGCGGCGAGGCUCUGAACAUCUCCCUGCAGACAGAUCCCUUGCCACCAUCUCGUUUGGAAAUUAAUAAGGAAAAAAUUACGCUGACAAGCUUGCAGGUUCAAUGGGAUCCUUCUCCAGGAAAGGUGGAUGUGUAUAACCUAGUAUUAUUUGAUCGUGAUAAUAAAAAGAUACAAGAAGUCUCCGUACCAGGAAGAAUUUCAAAAACAGAAAAUACAUUUUCCAGUCUCAUUCCUGGGAAUAAAUACAACAUUGUCCUCAGUGCCAUUGCUGGAAAUAAGACUACCCCAGAACUUCACAUAAGUGGAUCCACUGUGCCAUCUCCUGUGGAAAAUAUCCAGGUCAGUGUCAAGACAGACACUAUCCAUGUUUCGUGGUCUUCCGGCUCUGGACAUGUGGAUCAUUACAGACUGCUGUUACUGGAUAAUCAUGUACGAGUUCAUGAGAUUCACCAAGAAGGUUCUCUCACCUCCUACACUUUUUCAGGACUUACAGCUGGCCACCUGUAUAACCUCUCUGUCAUAACCCAGGCUGCAGGAUUGGAGAGCAGCAGUUUUCAAACAGUCAGGACAGCCCCAGCUGAAGUCCUAGAUUUGAUGGUGACUAAUGAUGGCAGCUUAGAUGCUUUAAAAGUUAAGUGGAGAAGACCUUCAGGAAACCUCAAUUUCUAUAAUAUCACUCUGUCUCAUCUUGGAUCAGUUAAAGAAGUCAAAACUGUGCAGCCACCAGUCACAGAGACACAGUUUGACAAGCUAACUCCAGGACGUCUUUAUCAGGUUACUGCCCGCACAAUCAGUGGUGAACUGUUCACCGAUCGGAUGGCAACUGGCAGGACAUUUCCCCAGAAAGUUUUGGAGCUGCAGGCAGGUGCUAGCAGCUGGCUGCGGUCUCUGCAAGUGACCUGGGUGCCCCCUACGGGAGACUGGGAGAGGUACCACCUUCUCCUGUGGAACCGCUCAGCCCUGGUGCUCAACACCACCCUCGAGAAGGACACCACCGAGUACCUCAUCCGUGAUGCGGGCCUCAUCCCAGGGAGGGAGUACGGCGUGGAAGUCAUUGUGGAGAGUGGCAAUUUGCAGAGCAAGACAAGUUGCAUGGGGAGAACAGCUCCAGAGCCUGUUCUCCAGCUCCGUGUAAAGCAUGCUAAUGAAUCUUCACUUAGUGUCAUGUGGAUGACCCCUGUUGCAGAAUGGGAUGGCUAUGUGGUUUCCCUGGGAGACAGCGAUCUUAGUAUUGUGAAAAAAGGACUUGCAAAAGAAGCUAAGGAAUUCACUUUCACUGACUUGGUACCUGGAAGGAAAUAUACAGCUACUGUCACUACCAUUAGUGGGACUUUAAGCAACUGGACUUCAGUAGAAGGAAGAACAGUGCCAGCCCAAGUGACAAGUCUGACUGUGGCAAAUCAGGGAUCAACCAGCAGCUUGUUCACCAACUGGACAAGAGCACUGGGAGAUGUAGACUCAUACCAAGUGCUGCUGAUUCAUGAGAAUGUUGUCAUUAAAAAUGAAACUGUUCCUAGUGAAACCAACAGAUAUCACUUCUAUCCCCUGAAACCUGGAGGACUCUAUUCAGUUGUUGUCACCACUGUCAGUGGAGGAAUAUCUUCAAGGCAAACAAUUGCAGAGGAAAGGACGGUUCCUUCCAGUGUGACGGGAGUAACAGUAAAUAACUCGGGUCGGAGUGACUACCUCAGUGUUUCUUGGCUGCCAGCUUCUGGAGAUGUAGACAGUUACUUGAUAACACUCUCUCAUGAUGACAAGAUUGUUCAGACUCUCACCAUUUCCAAAUCAUUCAGUGAAUGCUCCUUCAGCAGCCUUACUCCUGGGACACUUUAUGAUGUGAUGAUAACCACAAAGAGUGGAAAGUACGAAAACUAUUCCCUCAGCCAGGAACGAACAGUCCCUUCAAGUGUCCAGGGACUGACUGUCAGCAAUUCAGCCAGAAGUGACUACUUGAAGGUGUCCUGGUUACAUGCAUCUGGAUAUUUUGAUAAUUAUGAAGUGAUCAUCAGGAACAACAAUGAUUUCAUUCAAACAAAAAGUGUCCCAAAGGAUGAAAAUGAAUGUGUGUUCACCAGUCUGGUCCCAGGGAGGCAGUAUAGUGUCACGGUCAGCACAAGGAGUGGGAAAUACGAAACUAGUGAAAGAGUCUAUGGCAGAACAAUGCCAGAGUCAGUGAAGGAGCUGACUCUUAGUAACAGAAGCACAGAAGAUCUGCAGGUAACUUGGUCAAAGGCUGAGGGGGAUGUUGAUAAGUAUGAGAUUCAGCUCCUCUUCAAUGAUAUGAAGAUCUUCCCUCCCAUUUUCCUUGGGAACACCAUUGAGGAGUAUUGGUUUACAGCUCUGACUCCAGGACGUCUAUACAAAAUUCUUGUUUUGACCAUCAGUGGAGAUGCACAGCGUGCUACUUUCAUAGAAGGCCUGACAAUUCCAAGCAAGGUCCGCAACAUUCAUGUGUCACCUAAUGGCAUGACAAACAGCCUGAAAGUGAGCUGGACCCCUGGAGGUGGAGAUGUUGAUUCCUACACAGUGACUAUAUUUCAGCAAAACCAUCAGCUUGAUUCCCAGAGUGUCUCCAAACACAUCUCUGAGUACAUGUUUCACAAGCUGGAAGCUGGGGAGCAGUACCAGGUGGUGGUGCAAUCUAACAGUGGCACCUUGCACAACAGCUUAGAAGCUUUUGGGAGAACAAUUCCAGCCUCUGUCCAGGAAUUACUAGCCCAUCAUGCUUACAGCAGUCAUUCCUUGUUAGUAACCUGGCAGAAAGCUCCUGGUGUAGCCGAAAGAUAUGACAUUCUGCUCUUGAAUGAGCAAGGAAUCCUCCUGAGUAAUAAAUCAGAGCCAGCUACUGCCAAACAGCACAAAUUUGAAGAUUUAGUGGCUGGCAAGAAGUAUAAAAUACAAGUUUUGACAGUCAGUGGUGGACUCUUCAGUAAGCGUGCAGAAACUGUUGGCCGAACAGUUCCAGCAGCUGUUACAAAUCUGAAAGUCACAGAGAACACCACUGACCGACUGUCCUUCAGCUGGACCACCUCUCAAGGGGAGCUUGAUUCGUAUGACAUCUUCCUAUACAAUCCAGACAAGUCCCUUCAUGACAGGAUUUCAGGAGAGCAGCAUCUCCAGCAGUGUUCAUUCCAGAAUCUGCGCCAAGGCAGGAUGUAUCGAAUGGUGAUUGUUACACACAGUGGAGACCUCACUAACGAGUCGUCUGUCUAUGGAAGAACAGUACCAGCCCCAGUUGUUGGUCUCCAGGCGUCCAACCGAAACAUGACGGACAGUCUGUGGUUCACCUGGGGCCCAGCAGCAGGAGAUGUUGACUUCUAUGAGCUGAAUCUUUACAACCCAAAUGGGACACAGAAAGAAACUGAGCAAAGAAAAGACCUGGAAGGGUGGCACUUUCAGGGGCUCAUUCCUGGCAGAAAGUACACUUUAGUUGUGGUGACUCACAGUGGUGACCUGACCAACACAGCAAAUGCUGAAGGAAGAACAGCACCCAGCUCUCCUAAUGCUGUGUCAUUUACUGAUGUUGCAAACACUUCUUUAUCAAUCACUUGGCUGGGUCCUCCAGACUGGACAGACUAUGACGAUUUUGAGGUGCAGUGGCUUCCAAAGGAUCCUCUCACAGUAUUCAAUCCCUACAGCAGCAGCAAAUCCAAAGUACGCAUCAUCUAUGGCCUGCGACCAGGAAGACUCUACGAGUUCAGUGUCAGAACUGUCAGUGGUGACAGCUGGAAGACAUACAGUCAGUCACAGUCUGCAAGUGUGAGAACAAAACCGGACAAGAUACAAAGCCUUCACUGUCGGCCCCAAACCUCUACUGCCAUCGCAUGUUCCUGGACUCCUCCCGAUUCUGACUUUGAUGGGUACAGUGUCGAGUGCAAGAAAAUGGACACUCGUGAAGUGGAAUUUUCUAAAAGGAUAGAAAAAGACAAAUCUCUGCUUAAUAUCAUGACCCUUGUUCCCCACAAGCGAUACCUGGUGUCCAUCAAGGUGCAUUCUGCAGACAUGACGAGUGAAGUGGUUGAAGACAGCACCAUCACAAUGAUUGAUCGUCCUCCUCAGCCACCUCCAGACAUACGAGUGAACAAAAAAGAGGUGCUGAUUACCAAAUCCUCCAUCAACUUUACUUUUAAUUGCAGCUGGUUUAGUGAUACUAAUGGAGCUGUGAAAUACUUUACUGUGGUUGUGAGGGAGGCUGAUGGCAGUGAAGGACCAAAGCCUGAUGAGCAGCACCCAUUACCUUCCUACCUGGAGUACAAAUACAACGACUCUAUACGCAUCUACCAGACCAAUUAUUUUGCCAGUAGCUGUGCUGAAAACCCUGACAGUGACUAUAAAAGCUUUGACAUUAAGCUUGGAGGAGAAAUGGAAAAUCUGGGAGGAAAGUGUGAUCCAGAUCACCAGAAAUUCUGCGAUGGACCUCUAAAGCCUCGAACUGCGUAUAGAAUCAGCAUACGAGCUUUUACUCAGCUUUUCAGUGAAGACCCAAGGGAACUUCCUAAACCACUCUUUGCAGACACCUUCUUCUCUUUACCGAUCACUACAGAGGCAGAGCCUCUCUUUGGAGUUAUUGAAGGUGUGAGUGCUGGCUUGUUUCUGAUUGUGAUGUUGGUGGCUGUUACUGCUUUAUUUGUCUGCAGACAAAAAGUUGGCAAUGGCCAUGAGAGACCUACAGCAAGGCUGAACAUUCGCAGAGACAGGCCACUGUCAGUCCAUUUGAACUUGGGGCAAAAAGGGUACCGGAAAACUUCCAGUCCGAUCAAAGUCAGUCACUUUGAAGCACACUUCACCAAACUUCAAGCAGACUCCAACUACCUUCUGUCCAAGGAGUAUGAGGACUUGAAAGAUGUGGGUCGAAACCAGACAUGCGACAUAGCACUUCUGCCAGAGAACAGAGGGAAAAAUCGAUACAAUAAUAUAUUGCCCUAUGAUACAUCAAGAGUGAAGCUUUCCAAUGUGGAUGAUGACCCUUGCUCAGACUACAUUAAUGCAAGCUACAUACCAGGCAAUAAUUUCCGCAGGGAAUACAUAGCAACUCAGGGCCCUUUGCCUGGAACCAAAGAUGAGUUCUGGAAGAUGGCAUGGGAGCAAAAUGUUCACAAUAUUGUCAUGGUAACCCAGUGUGUUGAGAAGGGCCGGGUAAAGUGUGAUCAAUACUGGCCCCAUGACCAGGAUUCCUUAUACUAUGGCGACCUGAUUGUUGAGAUGCUGUCUGAAUCAGUGCUCCCAGAAUGGACAAUUCGAGAGUUUAAAAUCUGCAGUGAAGAGCAGCUUGACUCAACAAGGCUCAUUCGUCACUUCCACUACACUGUAUGGCCAGAUCAUGGUGUGCCAGAGACCACCCAGUCUCUGAUUCAGUUUGUCAGAACCGUUAGAGAUUAUAUCAAUAGGACCCCAGACACAGGACCAAGUAUUGUACACUGCAGUGCUGGUGUUGGUAGGACUGGCACAUUCAUUGCACUGGACCGAAUUCUGCAACAGCUGGAUUCGAAGGACACUGUUGACAUUUAUGCAGCAGUGCAUGAUCUAAGGCUUCACCGUGUUCACAUGGUUCAGACAGAGUGUCAAUAUGUGUAUCUACAUCAGUGUGUGAGAGAUGUGUUAAGAUCCAGAAAACUUCGCAGUGAACAGGAAAAUCCCUUAUUUCCAAUAUAUGAAAAUGUGAAUCCAGAAUAUCACAGAGAUGCUGUUUAUUCAAGGCACUAAGAAUGUUAGAGAUACCUGCUUUUGUGAACACAUUUGUUAACUAGGGUUUUUUUUUUGUUUUUUAAUGUAUGUAUUUCAUGCACCAGAAAGGUGCCAGACCUUUUGGCUGAGACUGUGUAUAAUUUAUUGGUCUGGUGAUUUUUUUAAAAGAUAUAUAAUUUAAAUGUAAUAGAUAUUAAUGUAUAUAAAUGUAUUUUGGCAUUGUGUAAAUAUGUAUUUUUUUCUGUAUUGUUUAUAUUAAUAUUAUGCUUCAGAUAAUACUAUUUUUUCUUAUCACAGUUUUUAUAAACUGUUCUACAUAAACUAUUUUAAAUUGUAUGGCUAACAGGACUGCUGCGUUUGGGGCGCUAUUGGCAUGACAUGGGAAAAGUCCUAUACAGAGAACCUCAUUUUUAAAAGAUAUUGCAGAGUUUGUAAGAUGAAAUAAGCUACUAUUAAGCAAGGAAACUGUAGUCCUGUACAGGAAUUACAGUGCUACUCUACACUUUAAACUUACUGCUUUUCAUCAGACAAAAAUGGGAGCAACCCAUAUCACAGUGGCAUACCUUUUACAGAACCCAUUAACAACCAAGCAAAACAGGGUUCACCUCACAAGUAGCAACUGUUUCAGUCUAGUGUGACAUAGUAGAAAAAUAUCAAACACUGCAGUGAAGUCUAGCAGACCUUUUUCCCACCACAUACUUUGGGGGGAGAUAGGUCCCAUUCUGAUUUCUUUACACUGGUUUAAUAGAGCAGAAUCAGACCACAACUUGUGUCUGUGCACUUUCAUGUGUGUAUAUUUUAAUUAAGAAAGGUGUUCAAAGAAGCACCUCAGACAUUAGUGUUAACAGACCUGUGAGGAUGUGAAGUCUGGCAGCUUCUAUAGCUCAUUGGGAACGAUGCCUGUAGCAUGACAGCCAGAAAAGUACAGAGAUUGCAAACAUACUGAAACAAAGACAUAUCCCACAAUUUACACAACUGGCCUUAAGCUGCACUUUACCCCAAGUGUUGGUAUCCUUCAAAUGCCACUUGCUUUCACAAGGGACAGUUUGGCCCCAGCAUGUCUGCAUAGAAAUAAUUCUUCACUGGAAUAUUACCUGAUGUCACCACCACAGGGGCAGUUGGAAUGGAAAAAGGCUUAUCAGGGAAUGUAGGCUGGCAGGGCUGUCCUGAUCAUAGAAUUAUCAAAAGUUUUGGGUUGGAAGAGACAGUAAAGAUUAUGUAGUUCCAAUCCCCAUGCCCCCAGGCAGGGGCUCAUUACUGAAAACAUGUGGUGAUCAGCAAGAAGUAUAAUCAAAGAGUACUUACCAGGUAUCCUGCCCAGCCAAGUGGAUUAUGCACAGCCUCUCUCUUCUGCAAAGAGGCGUCCCAUUCAAGGGUCUGAACACUCUGUUCACCUAUUAUUUGUCUUUAUAAAAUACUUCUCAAACAAAUAGUGAGGAGACAGUACACAGUUCCUCUCCCUUAUGAAAAGAAGGAAGGACUUCAUAGUUCUUCUUUCAUAUAUCUACCCAUACUUUUGUAGUGAAAACUUAGCUUAUUGCUGAAGGUAAGUGCCUACAUUCCACUUCUGUUUUGGAGAAAGAUAGUGUUUCUGAUGGCCUUCUGAGAAUCAGUAAGUAGCUGAGUGCCUAACUGAGGAACUCCUGUGGCACAUCAGGACUGUGCACAUCCAUCACUCUAGUUUUCCUAGAGAAGGUAAUAGCCCAAUAAUCACUUUUUGUGCUCCAUCUGGAAUCUCAUCCUUUUUUCACCAAAUAUCCUCACAUGCCCCAGAAGCCACCCUUCAAAUCAGCUGUCACAGCUGCUCAGAACAUGUAAACUUGGUUAAUCUUUUUAGGUGUUUCUGAAUGAAAAUACUGCUGAUCCCUCCUGCACAUCCUCUUUGGCACCACACAAACCUCAAAAUUCACCACCCUUAACAGAAACUGAAGAAGAAGGGAACUAGCAUUAGAGUGGAGACAGUUUCACAGAGAAAAGUCUAAGUGAAACCACAGAGACGUGCACAUUUUUAUAGAGACGCCUGCUUUUGUCUGUUUCCUUUGCUAGACAACUACAUUAGCAAGCAAGGAUAAACAAGCAUGGCCACUUUAAAUUGAUUGUUGAUGGUGCUGAUAGCUGCGGGACUUAAGGCAUCAUGAAAACUGUUGCUGCAUUACAUGCACUGCAUUUGGUCCUUUCUUUUUUGCAGGACAAAGAUCACCGUGCUAUUUACCAGCAGUACAAUUACAGUUAAGACACACCAAGUGUACCCUAUAAAUUACCUCACACUCCAUAUCACUGUGUCAUUUUUUAAUGCUGAGGGAAACAGAGCUCACUCAGUACCAUAUGAUCUGAGGGCAAAAGUCUGCUGGUAUGCUCUGUAUGCAUGUUGUUCAUCAUUUUCAGAAACACACAUCAUUCUGCAGUUUAUUUUAUCAUUCUCAGCUCCCUUGUUCUCUGCAGCUACAGAGUUCACAAAUGCGUACCCAAAAUGACAAUGGCAUAGCAGACGGCUAGUUUCAUCUUUUCUCUCAGCUAAUAAUGGACACACUUCAUAAGCCUCUUCCUCCUCAUCACUUCAUAACAUGACAGAUGACCUUAAACACUCUGGCACAGUGCUCUUGAGCAGCUUUACAUUUCUGCCCAAGUAGGUCACACAUGAGACUGUAUACACAUAUUAUUGCUCUGGUUCUGCUCUCUAGCCAAUUCUGCUCAUAUGAAACCAACGUAAAUCCACUGAGAAAAAGUUAAAAAGUAUCUAUGUAGCAUUUUUAAUAUACAACACCUACUUCUCAGUAAAAGUAAUUAUAUUUACUGUGCCUCUAAGCUGAAUAACAGGACUAAUGGGAAAUUGUUAAUGUAACAAGAAUGGAUUUGAAGGAGCUUGUGUGCUGAACAAAGACCACUUUUAAGGAAAAAGACAUCUUUUGAAUGUUCUUGAUGAUGUUCAGAAUUAUUUUCUUGAUGUUUCCCAAUAAUAAUGUUAGAAAGCAAGGCUAGUGUUGUUGCUGAUCCAUAAGCUAAGAUUUGCACACUUGGAGCCCAUCCUUGAAAUCUCUGCAUUGUCCACAAAGCUACCUGAGUACUUUCAUGAAAGUCAACUGGAAUGCUUGCCUGAAGAAAAUACCAGUCCACUUCUGAACCACUUGCAGGGUUGGGCAUUUAGGUUAAGUCAAAUUUUUGUAUUGAAAGUUAUUUAAUAAUGAAAAAAUUGUAAUAAAUAUGUUUUUAAUCUGUGCAAUACAAUUACAAGAUCCACUAGCGAUUGUAGGAAAAAAAAGAUUCUCCAUAGCUGGAGUUGAUAAAUGAUAUUUUUUUGUUACUAAUGGAACACAAAAGUGAGUGAGAGAAAUAGGCAUACUGUGAAGAUGUCAAAAAGUGCAACUUUAUACAUUUUUCUCUGCUGCUAUAGUUAUUUAGCAAUAAAUAAUGCCUAAAAUGCCAGAAAUAUUAUUUUGUGCUAUAAUAUACUAUGAAUUUCCUUUCAAUUUUAGAACAGAGAAAAGAAAAUAUGUGAGCUUUAAGUUUAUAUUAUGUAUUGUAUAUGGUUAUUUACACUUUGACUUUGAAAGCAGAAAGUUAAACACUAGACAGAUAGGAGUACAUGAGCACUUAGCUGUGCUCCUCAGCCUGGGAUUUAAUAUAUGGACUAGGGGGAUGAGAACAAUAGCCAUCAAAUCACUCUAUCAGCAUUUCUCUCCAGGGCCACAGAUCAAAGAAAUGCAUCUGACACUGUGAGAUACAGCCUACCACAACCACAGCUUCAUGUCCAGAGAGUGCCUUGCAGGUGCUUAACAUUUAUUCAGAUUUCUUUCAGUAAUUCAGACGUACAGUUUGUGUAAAUAAAAUGCAAUAUAAAAUGACCACCACUCCCUCAUGGCCCUGUCACAGAUAUCUGGGCUCUGGAGCUGUGAGCUCUGGGACCCAUAAUACCAGGAUGCUGUGACAUUGAAUUGAAAUGAGUGCUCACCCCAGUAUUUGGGCAACUUGCUGUAGAUCCUGUGCACUCAUCUGUCUCCCUCACACUGACAAAAUCAAACUCCUGACCUGUUGGUAGCACCACCAUGGCCAAAGCAAACUGGUCUGUUAUCAGUGGCCUCACAGAUCAACAGCUGGUUCAAAAUGGGA